AUGAUUUCUAUUGAUGAGUUAGAGACAUGUAGAGGUGUAAAUCAGAUUGGUACAUUACAACGAGUUGGAGAUACCAGAUGGAGUUCUCACCUCAAAUCAGUUUCGAGUUUAAUCAAGAUGUUUAGUCCUACAUGCAAGGUUUUACUUAAAAUUAUUGAGGAGGGCAUUGAUUCGAUCAAAGGGGAUGCAGAUUCAACAUAUGAGAUUAUUACUACAUUUGAGUUCAUUUUUGUUUUGCAUCUUGUUAAGGAAAUAAUGGAGAUAACUGAUUUACUUUGUCAAGCUUUACAAAGACAAUCUCAAGAUGUUUGCAAUGUAUUGAAGCUAGUUGCAUCCAUCAAAGAACUUUUGCAAAAAAUGAAAGAUGAAAGAUGGAAUAGUUUGCUCUCUCUUGUUAAGUCAUUUUGUCAGGAUCGCGAGAUUGAUAUCCCUGAUUUAUCUUCUGCCUACUUUAGGAGAGGGGCUCGAGCUCGUAAGGAGCAUAGCAAUCAUACACUUGAACAUCAUUACCGAGUGGAUAUCUUUUACGAAGCCAUUAAUUGUCAAUUAAUGGAAUUGAAUCACCAGUUUAAUGAUAGCUCAAUGGAGUUGCUUCAACUUUCUGCAACUUUAAAUCCUAAAAGUGUUAAUGAGCCUUUUCGAAGUCGUGAUGUAUGUUGGUUAGUAGAGAAGUUUUAUCCUGAAGAUUUCAGUGAACAAGAGAAAUUACUUUUGAAGUUGCAACUUCAACACUAUUAG